AUGGCCACUGUUUCUGGAUUUGGAAUAACACGUUCAUUAAUUCAUGCAUUUGAUCCACAUGGUAAACAUUACAAACCAACAAUUAAACCAACAACUGGUUUUUCAGCAUCAGCUGAUGCUGAACGAUUACAUCGAGCUAUGAAAGGUCCAGGCACAGAUGAAACAGCAAUUAUCAACAUAUUGGCACGUAGAACAAAUUAUGAACGUCAAGAAAUACGUCAAUCAUACAAAAGUUUAUAUAAACAAGAUCUAAAAGAUGAUUUGAAAUCGGAUACUAGUGGAGACUUUCGUAAAGUGUUAUGUCAACUAGUUGUUGAUACACCAUAUAUGAUGGCUAAAUCAUUAUAUUAUGCAAUGAAAGGUUUAGGAACAAAUGAUCGUGUACUCAUUGAAAUAUUUACCACAUUAUGGAAUGAUGAAAUAAGAGCUGUAGCUGAUGCUUAUAAACAUGUACUCAAAGAUAAAGGAAUUGAAGAAUCAGAACGUUCUUUAGUUACUGAUAUGAAAAAAGAAACAGGCGGUGAUUAUGAAUAUGCAUUAUUGUGUUUAGUACAAGCUGAACGUGAUGAUAUACCAUUAAUACAAUUGAAAGCAAUACCUGAAAAAGGUAUUAAUUCAAUCAUUAAUCAUGAAUUAGCUGAAGCUGAUGCUAAAGAUUUAUAUGCUUCAGGAGUUGGUCGGGUCGGUACCAGUGAAAGACGCAUUACACGAGUUAUAUGCAAUAGAACACCAUAUCAAUUAUAUUUAACAUCUGAAAUCUAUUUCAAAAUGUAUGGCAAAACUUUAUUGGAACAUAUUGAAUCAGAGACAUCAGGUGAUUAUCGUAAACUUCUUGUUGCUAUCUUACGAUAUGCAAUCGAUCGUCCCAAUCUAAUUGCUGAAUGGUUACAUGAUUCAAUGGCUGGUUUAGGAACAAAAGAUUAUGCAUUAAUGCGUUUAUUAAUUACACGUUCUGAGAUUGAUCUUCAAGAUAUAAUGGAUGCAUAUGAAAUUAUUUAUGGUAAAUCAUUAUUGAAUGCAGUAAAAGAUGAUACAUCUGGUGAUUAUCGUCGAACAUUAUGUGUUCUACUUGGUGAAACAUAUAAUCAAUAA